ACCCCUUUCCCGUUUUGUGAAAAUAUUAUUCUUCGAGAUGGGCUUUUCUUUUUGAUGGCAAAGUCCAGUAAUACCGAAGUCCAGACUACUUUGAAAAGUCUCCUCCUGUGUUUCCCUGCAGUGUUCACGAUCCCUCAAAUUCUCAGAUUAUAAUUUCAGAUCUGUAACGACGAGAGUAUGUCUUUACUUUCCACCAUUAAAUAAGUCUUUCAAUCUCUCCCACGACGCCUUAUUCAAUUAGCUCUUUUUGUAAAGUUCAGAUGAAAACCCUAAAAGACAUCUAUAAAUUAAACCGUCUUCUAAUUCUUCGGCUCAAGGUGUUUCCAGAGAAGAUCGUGUCUUUUUAUAACGCAACCUGCAACAAUGGUGGCUUACUAAACUUUGCAACAAUGGUGGCUUACCAAACUUUUUUCUUCACUGGAUUCUGGGAAACCCGAUAUCUCAACAAGGAAGGGGAACUGAUUGGAGUGGACAUGCUCCUUCUAGAUGAGAAGGUAACGCUUAUCCAAGGGUUUAUCGGUGAAAAUCUGCUUAACACUUUCCGACAUCUUCAAAUCAGAAAAAAUCCACCAUGGAGAAAUCGCAGCAGGUCUCGCGUGAUGUCACCAGGUUUCUUUGAUUCUGGGAGGCGCUAAAUGCGAAGAAAGGUCAAUCACUCUAUGAUUAUUGCAUCCUUUCAAUAGUUUUCUGUAUCGUUUGUCAUUGUUUACAACCUAUUCAAUUUUUAAAUUCAUUGCUCUUUCAAAACGAAACUUGAAAAUCUGUAACGCCUACGUACACUUUUAUGCAUCGAAUCUAUUGUGUGUCUUUAUGUGUUUGACAGGCUCGCAGUCCUCCUUCACGAGAAGUUAAUUAUAUUAGAUGUUGAUCCUAGGAUCAUCGUAGCCACUAGCAUUGUUCGUACGGGAUUCAGUUGAUCGGAAUGAUGAACUUCAAGAUGGGUGACUAAAGACGUUUUUAUUAGAAUCCGACAAAGGGUUACAAGAUUGAUGGGAAAUAAGGAGACAAGAUUUGAGGUCUAAGCAACAAGAUCAGAAUGAUCGUUUAGAAACCGUAGAUCUAGCCGCUUAGUGUGUAGGUUGUCCAAAAGUCCUUUGGCUCGUUGCCUCCUCCUCCCCUCUUAUAGUGCCUCUGUUCGUGAUGCCCUAAUCGCACUUAUCCUUUGGGCCCUGUCACCAAAGGCCGAGUAUGCGGGCCUUGGUGUUAUUUCGUCCAAGCCGAGUACAACUGAUCAUCUUAGCCGACUGGCUUAAAGUACUCUAGAGUCGAGCCGACGUCUUUAGCCGCUAAGCCGACUAAACUCAGUCGAAAUUGUCGGGCUGCGGCCUGUUAUUUGAUGGGCCUUGUGGAGGGAUGUAAUCCAUCUCCUACAAUAAGUCCCCCCCAGUUCACUUGUGAGCGGCUUGUCGGUCUCAGUGAAUUUGUGGGUCAGGUUCGUUCAUAUAACAGGACGUAAUGCCAGCGACAACUUGCUUUGCCAGUGUGUGAUUUUAGUCGCCUAUUAUAUCUAGUCGCACCGAGCUGCGUCUUUUCAUGAUGCGUUGUGUUUUACUCGGGAGGUAGAAUUCUCUGGUUUUAGAGCCCGAGCGGGAACUAAUGCCAGUGACAACUUGUUUUGCCAGCGUGUGAUUUUAGUCGCCUGUCGCGUCUAGUCGCUCCGAGCUGCGUCUUUUCAUGAAGCAUUGUAUUUUUACUCGGGAGGUAAAGUUCUCUGGUUUAGAGCCCGGGCGGUCUUCGGAUGAUUAAUUCUGUUGAGUCGGUUUAGACCAGAACCUGAGAUUAACUUCAGUCCGAUUUUCUGAAUUGAAAACCGGUUUGAGCGAGAAACUGGACCGUCGCGAGUAGGUUUCUGGGCAUUUAGGCGGCCUUUGAGGCCCAUUUAGGCCUUUGUAGACCUAAUGAUGGCGCUUCGAAGAAUGCGCCUCGUUUUUGCUAUAAAUAGGCUUCUUUCCUUCACUUUCGUCAUUCAUCUCUGCAAACUCAGGUAUUCCGCUUUCUCUCCCUUCUCUCUACUUUUACUUUCUCUCUCUAGGUACGUCUUUCUCCGCAUAGACUCCGUCGAUAUCGUCUGGCGUCUGUAGUCGUCCCCUAAAUCCGAAUCAUGUCCCUGAGAAGUCGUUUGUCGCGAGAAGAAAAAGGAAAAGGGGUCGCGGAUUCUCCGAGUCCGACCAGAGACGAGCAGGUGGCCGACAGCCCGCUGGAUGAUUUCGACUUGAUUCAUCGCGACGCUCUUCGGGAUUCAGACAACAUGACCCUAUCUUAACGCCUUUUGGUCGUUGACGCUCAUAAGAUGAUUCGUGAAGAAAGGGCAGGUCGCAUUGAAGUCGGGAACAGUGAAGGGGGUGGUAGCGGCUCUGAAGCAUCUAGCCAAGCCUCAGGGUUGUCGGGACGAUCUAGUCGGAAGAUUCCAUUCGAUCGGAUAGACUGCCGGCCGACGAUCUAUCAUCCUGGUGGGAUCUUCGAAGAAAUCGGGCCUCUCCCGUCCGAAUUGCUUCGUGACCCGCAGGCUCAGUCAUGGGAGAAUGUCUUCGAUUCUUGCUCCUCCCACAAGACGGUGAAGGACUUAUUGAGGUGAAGUGGAGGUGCCGGCGUCACAUACAUCAUUCCUUCUAGGGGACAGCGUCCUUGGUCGCCUCCGAUUGGCUAUCAGUGCGUCUAUGAGUCGUAUUUUGGGGACCAUACGAAACUCUGGUUUCCAAUUCCCCGACUGAUCACGUCGUACGCAUUUCGUCGGGACAUUGCCAUUUGUCAGUUGCUCAACGGGUCAUUGCGCACCGCGGUAAUGCUAAUGGUGAUGGCGGCGGAGAUAGACGUUUCGAUGAGUGUGAGAGUAUUCGAAGAGUUGACUUUCACGAAGGCGGAGCCACAUGGGAUAUUCUCGGUGAAGAUGCGCUCGGUCUACAAUGUAUUGUCAGGACACCCGAACAAGACGAAGGACUGGCAACGCUCGUACUUUUACGUUAAAUCUGACGAGCACGCCUUCGCAGAGCCUCCUGGGGACGACUACCGCGUUCUGUGGAACAAAGCACUUGGUAGAUAGUGUUUGUUGUCGCCACGCUCUAUUCGAGUAUCCUAACGGCGUGUGUUUUUUUUGUUAUUGCAGUUCGUCACCCGAAUACGAUCGCGUACCCGGAGAACUUCUUCGAGAGUGCCCAGGCGAUUGCGGCUCACAGUCAUCUCCGUUGGCCUGACCUUAGUAGAGAGUGGAUAAGACGUCAAGAAGCUCGGAUUGCUAGAGGUGAGUUCAUCGGUCUUUCUCCGAGAAGUUGUAGCAACACUUAGUCUCUCUUCUCCUCUUUUUAUUUACAGCUGAUUGGGAAUCGAAGCUCCCUGUCGUACUCGGACCCCGCAAGUCGCGUCUGUCUCUUUUCACUCGGAAGCAGCAGAAAAUUUUAGACGAAGCUAGGAAGAUGGACGGAGUACCGGAUUUGAGUGCUUUGUUGAGGGGGAAGCUGCAACUGCUUUCAAAGAAAUCGACUACUUCCGAUAUGCGAGGGGCGAGUAGUUCCGACGCAGGUCGGGCUUCCUCGGAAGGGACCCUUGGUUUGGUCGACAAAGACCUGGGUUCAGUUGACAAAGACGUUGGGGCGGAGCCUCCUGCUUCAAGUCUUAAGAAGAAAGCGACUACUACGGAUAUGCAAGGGGCGGCUAGUUCUGACGCAGGUCGAGCUUCCUUGGAAGGGACCCUUGGUUUAGUCGACAAAGACGUUGAGGCGGAGCCUUCUGCUUCAAGUCCUAAAAAGAGGAAGAGGAGCAAGAAAGCCAGGAGGAAAGCAGCCGAAGAGCUUCCUCUUGAAGAGAUGGCUUCUCUUGACGAAACCUCCGAAGGUUUGGAGGAGAGGAAGAGAGAGAGAGGGAGGAAGAGGCCUUUCGAAGCGGGUUCUGUCGAGGCUGACCGUUCCGAGGUUGCGCCUGAAGAUCGUCCCAGAAAGAAAAAGAAGAAGAAGUCCGUUGAGACUGAGCUGCGUCCUUCCGAUGCGGAGGUGGGCCUCGUCGAAGUUGUCGCGGGAGGAGACGUUUCCCUUGAGACCCCUUCCGCGGAGAGAGAGGUCUCAGCGCGGGGCGGUGAUCCUGUUGCGGAUGAUAGACCCAUUCCCGAUCCGUCCGCAAGAGCAAGGUCUCGUUCGGAGGGUUCUACUGCGAGGGGGAAGAAGAUAGAGUUCCCUGAUCGGGUCGAGUUUUUCUACAAUGAGACGACCCCCCUAAUCCUUAACCCUCUUAGGUGCGCGGAGCUGACGCGCCAGAUUCGUGGCGGGACGAAGGAGAUGCCACAGCUGGACGACCUGUACUUCAGGAACGAAUACAUAGACGCUGCUUCUUCGAGAGCUCGGGUAACUGCGCUAUCCUUCAUGCUUUACCUCAUCAUUCGAUCCAUCGGGUUUUACUCGUCUUACGUGGCUCAUGUUUGUCGUUUUGCAGAGUGAUGGGAGUAUGAACUUUCUCGUUGAGAAAUACGACAGCGCUCUGAAACAGACGAUGAUCCAGUUGGGAUCUUCAGAGAAGCUUGCCCAGACGCGGUUGAAGGUGAUCGAGAGAGUAAGGGCGGAGCAUAAGAAGGCCAACGAGAAGGCCGUAGAGGAGAAAGAGAUUCUUCGAGUAAAAUUCGAAGAACUGGAGGGCAAGCUUAAGUCUUCUAGCGCGGCGAGGAAAGAGCUCGUUCGAGAAAACAGUCACCUGGAGCAAACGGCUGCGAGUCUGGAGAAGGAGAAGGCAGAGAUAAUCGAAGAGAGAGAUGCUGCGGUGGACAAACUUGUCAGAGAGGGGCAGCGCUUGAGGGACUCCCGGCGUUUGGAGGUUACUCGAGAGAGGGAAAGAGUCGAGGCUGUCAUGGCUGAGAAGGCAAGUCGCCGUUUUGAUCGCGUGCGCGACCAUUUUACUCGUCUGGAGACUUAUGAGAAGGCGAAGAACCUGUAUGGUCAAGCUUUGGGAACGAAGAGGUUCCUCGAGGCCAUAAAGGCGAGUGGAACGGAGAUUCCCCAAGAAAUGAUCGAUGUCUUCGCCGAGCAGGAGAAACUUUAUGAGGCGGAGGUUAUGAAACUCCGAGUAGAGCCGCUGUCAGAUAGCGACCUUACUCUUUCUCCGUUGGUCCUCUCUUCCCGUUUUGUCGAGGACAGGUUCAGAACAUCAUUCGAUCCCUAUGGAUCGAACGUGAAUUCGAUCGGGCCAGAGACGGCUUCUCAGCUGGUGACCUCGCUUGAAGUUAUUGGGGAGCCGUCAGAGGAGCCACUUGUUGAUGUCACGUCUGUCCCUACCAAGCCUGUCAAGUCCCCGGUGGGAAGCGGUUUUGACGAGCGCCCAGAGGAAGAGAGAGAGACCGAGAUCGAGGAAGCGUCGCUGCCGCGUCCCGCUGAGGAGGAGACGACCUAUGAAGCUGGGGAUAUAGACGUUUCUUCACGUCCCGUUAUUGACUCUACCGUUUCCAUUCCUACUCGGGCGGAGGACCAGACUGUCGCCGUUGCCGAGGAUCGUGGCGACCAAGACUCUGUUCUUUGAUGUAUGACUUAUGUCUUUGUCCGUUGUGGUCUCGAUAGGCCCUGUUGUUGUAUGUUUAGACAUAUUUAUAUAUAUAUAUAUAAGCAAUCUUUUGAUUUUGCGAAUUGUGUUUCUCGUCUGUACUUGCAACUUUGGUCUUUGCAAAUAGACAAGGAAAUGAUCCGCGGGAGGUUUAUUCAGCUCUUGUUGCGUUUCGUUUGAGACGACGUUUAGACGCGUCGUUCUGUAUCGAGAACAAGGGGCUGGGUCUAAAAGUGGAAGGUUCUUUUGUCCGUUUCACUAUUGACAGUCGAGUAAUUGGGUAGCUAGUCCAUUACGCGUUUAGUCGAGGAAAGGUUGAAGAUUCACUCCGUUUAGUCGGUCAAUGCUCCUUAGGCAUAGGUGACCAGCGACUGUUGGGUUCUCAGGCUAAAUGUCUGAUCAGGACAUAGCCGGGAAAUGGAACGAUAUUGUCCGCGUGUCUCCUGCUGGAGACACGGGAGCCGUUGGGUUCGAUGACAGGCAUCCUCUCAGUGGAAGUUGAGACAAAGAACAAGAUUUUGACUUUGUUUUUGUUACAGCUGAACCUGUUUAAGGCUGCCUACGUACCUCGGUUGAGGAUCAAGCCAUUCGUAGUUCGUUUUUCCCGAGUAAAAGUGGCCGUGAGUGGCGCAUUUACUCGGUCGAGUAGAAGUGACCAUAGGGUGCAUCUACUCGGUUUUUUUUUGUUACAGCUGAACUUGUUUAAGGCUGCCUACGUACCUCGGUUGAGGAUCAAGCCAUUCGUAGUUCGUUUUUCCCGAGCAAAAGUGGCCGUGAGUGGCGCAUUUACUCGGUCGAGUAGAAGUGACCAUAGGGUGCAUCUACUCGGUUUUUUUUUUUGUUACAGCUGAACCUGUUUAAGGCUGCCUACGUACCUCGGUUGAGGAUCAAGCCAUUCGUAGUUCAUUUUUCCCGAGUAAAAGUGGCCGUGAGUGGCGCAUUUACUCGGUCGAGUAGAAGUGACCAUAAGGUGCAUCUACUCUGUUUUUUUUUUUUUUUUUUUUUUUUGGUGGCAAGACAUACUCCUAGGGGUAGAAGCGUCGUAGGUGCAUCGAGUUCCAUGAACGUGGGACUUCUUCGCCGCGCGACGUUUGGAGUCUGUAUACGCCAGGCUUGACGACUUUAAUGAUUUUGUAAGGUCCUUCCCACCUUGCGCCGAGUUUGCCGGCGUUUAACUCCUUAGUGUUUUCGAACACUUUGCGCAUGACGAGGUCGCCGAGUUCCAGAGGUCGGGCUCGAACCUUUUUGUUAUAGUAGCUUUCGAUCUGGUGUUGGUAAUUCUGGAUUCGCAGCAGAGCCUGGUCUCGUCGUUCUUCUAUCUCGUCGAGGGCAUCGAGUAGCAUCUCCUUGUUGAGCUCGACGUAUUGAGGCAUCUUGGAACGUCGAAGGCUUGAAACGUUAACUUCAGCAGGAGCCAUUGCUUCGACGCCGUAGGCGAGGGAGAAAGGUGUCGUUUUGGUCGAUCCUCGCGGGGUUGUGCGGUGGCUCCAUAGGACUCCGUCGAGUUCGUCGGCCCAGUGACCCUUUUUCAGGUCCAGACGCUUCUUAAUGCCAUCGAUGAUGAGUUUGUUUGAGGAUUCUGCCUGUCCGUUACCUUGCGGGUAGCGAGGGGUGGAGGGGCUUAGUCGAAUGUUCCACUUGCUACAGAACUCCUUGAAAUUACCUGACAUGAACUGCGAUCCGUUGUCGGUGACAAUUUCAUAAGGUAGACCAUGGCGGCAAAUGAUGUUUUUCCAGACGAAACCGCGGACUUCUUUGUCUGUGACUUGAGCGUAUGCUUCAGCUUCGAUCCAUUUAGUGAAGUAGUCGGUGAGGACCAGGAUGAAGCGUCUUUGGCGGGAACAAGGAAGCGGUCCUAUGAUAUCCAUCGCCCAUCGCAUGAACGGGUAAGGGGCGGUGGUUGUACGCAACAUCUCGGUUGGGCAAUGGAUGCUGGGGGCGUGUCGUUGGCACUUGUCGCAGCUUCUCGCGUAUGACUCGCAAUCAGCGUUCAUUGUCGGCCAAAAGAACCCUAAGCUCCUUACUUUGAUUGCUAACGCGCGUCCGCCCGAAUGAUUUCCGCCAGCGCCUUCAUGCGUCUCUGCCAUAACCCUUGCUGUCUCAUCGCCAUGGAUGCAUUUGAGGAGGACUUUACUCGCCGUCCAUCUGUGCAGUUCAUCGUCAAGAACGACGUAAUGGGCGCUGCGGGUUUUUAGCCGGCGGGCUGCCCAUUUUUCUGCUGGGAGUUCCCCCUUCGAGAGGUAGUCGAUGAACUCAGUUCUCCAAUCCGGGCCAAAUCCGUCGUCGUCUGGAGCAAUGGGCUCGACAACCUGGGCGAUGAGGGUUUUGUCGGUCAGAAUAUCGAUGCUUGGUUUCUCGAUACGAUGUAUCGGGAUUGUUCGUUUAACUUGGUCAUGAAGCUUGCUACCAAGGGCUGCGAGGGCGUCGGCGCAGAUGUUUUCGCCUCUGGGAACUUUGAUGAGUUCGAAGGACUCAAACUCUGCUGCUAGGCUUUGCACUAUUUUGAGAUAGGCGUCCAUUCGAUCGUUGCGGGCAUCGUAGUCGCCACUGAACUGAUUGGCGACUAACUGGGAGUCGCAAUAGGCGCUUAGUCGUUUAGCUUUUACGGCUUUUGCUAAGCGGAGUCCGGCGAUCAAAGAUUCGUAUUCUGCCUCGUUGUUUGAAGCGGGAAAGCCAAAGCUAAAAGACUGUCUGAUUAGCUCUCCGGUCGGAGACUGUAAUUAGACUCCGGCGCCUGCUCCUUUGUUGGUCGACGAUCCAUCGACGUGCAGCGUCCAGUUCAAACUUGGGAGUGCGAGAUCUUGUUCCAACUCAGGGGCCAGUUCGACCAAGAAGUCCGCAAGAACCUGUGACUUUGCUGCAGUGCGGUUCUUGUAGAUGAUAUCGAGCUCGCCAAGUUCAAUGGCCCACUUUGUGAGUCUUCCAGACCUGUUGGUGUUUUGGAGUAUCGUUCGGAGAGGCUGAUCAGUCAACACUUCUACCGAAUGCGAUUGGAAAUAGGGUCGAAGCUUUCUCGCUGCUUCGACGACUGCUAAGGCCAUCUUUUCCAGAGUCGGGUAUCGCGUUUCUGGCCCGGUCAUGCGCCGGCUCGUAUAGAAGAUGGGUUUUUGCUCGCCGCGGUCUUCCUUUAUCAGGACGCUGCUGACGGCAGCUUGUGAUACUGCGACAUAGAGAGACAGAACAUCACCGACGUCCGGCUUAGCGAGUACAGGAGGUGUUGUCAGGUAUUGCUUGAGUUGAGUAAAUGCCUCCUCGCACUUCUCGUCCCAAAUGAACUUCUUGUUUCCUCUCAGGAGAUCGUAGAAAGGCAAGCACUUGUCAGUGGAUCUGGCAAUGAACCGGUUUAGAGCGGCUAUUCUCCCCGUGAGUCGUUGUACUUCUCUAC